GGGGGAGGCCAUCUUGGAAGCGGGCAGAGGCCAACUGGGAGAAACGUCAUAGCCCUGACGGCGGCCAUCUUGGAAGCGGGCAGCUGUGCUGGCUGGGGGUGGUGGCGGCGCCUUUGGCCAGGGUGGCCGGAUGACCCCGGAAGUGGAAGUGGCUGCCUGGGGGCGGGGCUGUCGGAACUUCCUGCCCCAGGGCCCUUGUUGUCUUGAUUCCAUCCACACCAAGGGGCUGGGAGGGACCAUGGACAGCGAGUUCUCGGACCCGGAGCUGGCCGCGGUGGGCGAGGAGUCCAAGUCGGAGAAUGGCGAGAACGCGCCUGUGUACUGCAUCUGCCGCAAGCCGGACAUCAACUGCUUCAUGAUAGGCUGUGAUAACUGCAAUGAGUGGUUCCAUGGCAAUUGUAUCAACAUCACAGAGAAGAUGGCGAAGGCCAUUCGGGAAUGGUACUGUCUGCAGUGCCGAGAUAAGAACCCGGCCUUGGAGAUCCGAUACCGGCACAAAAAAUCCAAAGAGAAGGAGCGAGAGGGCGAGCGGGAUCGGUUUGAGAAGGACGAGCUGAGGAAGAAGGCCCAGGAGCUGGCCCUGGACCAGAGCCGUGGGUCAAAAGUAGGUGGCCAGUUCUCUCAUCCGCAACAGCAGAUCAAGCGCUCGGCACGGAUGUGUGGGGAGUGCGAGGCGUGCCGGCGGACAGAGGACUGUGGGCAGUGUGACUUCUGCCGCGACAUGAAGAAAUUUGGAGGGCCCAAUAAAAUCCGGCAGAAGUGCCGUCUGCGGCAGUGCCAGGUCCGGGCACGGGAAUCAUAUAAGUAUUUCCCAGCCUCGAUGCUGCGGGGGCGGGACGAAGACCUGCAGAUGCUGAAAGAGCAGUUGGAAUCGUCCGCCACCCCUGAGCCGCUGUCGGACGACGACCUCCCGAUUGACCCCGACUUAUACCAAGAGUUCUGUGCUGGAGCCUUCGACGACCAGAACCUGCCGUGGCUCAGCGACCCGGAGGAUGCCCCGUUCCUGGACCCCGUGCUCCGCAAACGCGCCGUGAAGGUCAAGCACGUCAAGAGGCGGGAGAAGAAAUCGGAGAAGAAGAAGGAGGAGAAGUACAAGCGUCACAAGCAGAAGCAGAAGCACCGGGACCGGUCGCGGCAUGCCGAGCGGCCGGACGCCAAGGACCCGGCCUCGCUGCAUCAGUGCCUGGGCCCCGGCUGCGUCCAGCCCGCCCGCACCGCCUCCAAGUACUGCUCCGAGGAGUGCGGCAUGAAGCUGGCCGCCAACCGGAUCUACGAGAUCCUUCCACAGCGCAUCCAGCAGUGGCAGCAGAGCCCGUGCGUGGCGGAGGAGCACGGCAAGAAGCUGCUGGAGCGGAUCCGGCGGGAGCAGCAGCAGGCGCGGCUGCGGCUGCAGGAGAUGGAGCGUCGCUUCCACGAGCUGGAGGCCAUCAUCGGCAAGGCCAAGCAGCAGGCCAUCAAGGAGGAUGAGGAGACCAACGAGGGAGACAGCGAUGACACCGACCUGCAGAUCUUCUGCGUCUCCUGCGGGCACCCCAUCAACCCCAAGGUGGCGCUGCGCCACAUGGAACGUUGCUACGCCAAGUACGAGAGCCAGACAUCCUUCGGAUCCAUGUACCCAACCCGCAUAGAGGGGGCCACCCGCCUCUUCUGUGACGUCUACAACCCUCAGAGCAAGACGUACUGCAAGCGACUGCAGGUGCUGUGCCCCGAGCACUCCCGCGACCCCAAGGUGUCGGUGGACGAGGUGUGCGGCUGCCCUCUGGUCAAGGACGUGUCUGAGCUCACCGGCGAUUUCUGCCGCGUGCCUAAGAGGAAAUGCAACCGGCACUACUGCUGGGAGAAACUGCGCCGGGCCGAGGUGGACCUGGAGAGAGUGCGCGUGUGGUACAAGCUGGACGAGCUGUUUGAGCAGGAGCGCAACGUGCGCAUGGCCAUGACCAACCGGGCCGGGCUGCUGGCGCUGAUGCUGCACCAGACCAUCCAGCACGACCCGCUGACCACAGACCUGCGCACCACCACGGACCGCUGAGCCCGGGCCGGCGCCAGACUCGGUGGAUUCUUCCGACGCUCGUUGGUUUUUUUUUAAUAAUUUUUUUUUAAAAAAAAACUUUUUUUUUCUUUACAAAAAAAAAAACAAAAACCAAAAGGAGGAAAAAUGUAGCA